AUGAAGAAGCCUGUGAAGAAGCAGAAGAAGAAGGUCAAGCGACAAACAGUCUCAAUCCACACCUGGACAGCAGCGCUUGCAGCGGUAAACGACGGAAUGUCACUGAGCUUAGCGGCAAAGACAUACGGUGUAUCGCGCGAACCACUUCGCCAGCGCCAUCUAGGCCUAGUGCCAAUUGUGGCGCGUCCUGGACCUCAACUUGUUUACAUUUCGGAGGGUGGUGACAGAGGGCUGGUAGAAGUUAUCGUUUAUCGAGCGCUUCAUGCUGUGAAGUAUGGCCAAGAACAUGACGUGCAUAUUAUUGUGCUGCCUGCACAUACCUCGAACUUCCUCCAACCUCUAGACGUGUCUGUGUUUGGCUCGUUCAAGCGUCGAUACCAGUCAGCUUUAAAGCGAUUCCCAUCAACACACAACUACAUGCUGCCAACCAAAGACAAAAUUGCUGAAAUUUCCCGCGAUCCGUUGAUGUUGGCGUGCCGACCUGAAAAUGCAAAACGAGGGUUUGAGAAGGCAGACGAAAACUAUUCUGGCGGCGACUUGUUGAGCUAUGAGGAGAUGAAAGCUGCUGUUCAAGCUAAAGAGGACGCCAAAGCGCUGAAAGAGGCCAACAAAAAGUCUACUGCACUCGAAAAGAGAGAGCAAGCGGCAAUGAACCUGCACGACAAAAAACAAUAUCAGACCGCAAGAACACAGCUGGUACUGCAACGGGAGGAAAAACGCCACGCGAAGGCGCAAUAA